UGUGGCAGGUUGGUGUUUGAUUUAUUUAUGAAAGUUGUUUACCUUUUCUUGUUACCUUGUUGUACCUAUUCGUUUAACUUAUUUCUAUAUUGUUAAAACAUUGGCUGUUGAAAUUGAAUUAUAAAAAUGGAAAACACAGAAGAAAAAGUGAUAAUGACACCAAAAUGUAAAACACCUACAUCCACCACAAUAGUUGUGGAAAGAAAGGUGGUUGAUGCAGCACCUAGUGAGAAAAUACACGUUGCUGGUGGUGAUCAUACUGGUAUCAUAAUAAACAAGGAAAAAGUAUAUGAGAAUGGAGUAACAGAACCAUGUCAUGCGCAGUUGGAGUUCUGUGUCUAUUUAGUGUCAGCAGCAACAGGUUCACAUACAAGAGAGGCUAGAGCCCUGAGGUUCUGGUUCAAACCUGAAGUACCACGAGAGGAUUGUCCCCAUGAAGCACAGAGCUUUUUCCGUGAACUUGUUAGUCCACAAGAUUUUCCAAAGGAUUAUGUUGGUUUCAUCAAAAAAAUAAUGAAAUUAAUGCAACAUAAAUAUCAUCAGCUUAAAAUAUUGGAAGUUGAACUGAGACAAGAGGUUUGCGGAUCACCACCUCAAGAAUCAAAUGGCGUUAUUUCCAGUAAAGGGCUUAUAUACAAGUAUUCUAAUGGAUCUUUCAUUGAAGAUAGUGUUUUAAAUCAAACACAAUUUAUAUCAGAGCAAAGAGUGUUGGAUAUGAUUGAGAAUGCAUACCCCAAUCCAUUGACUGUGGACGAUUUUGUUACUGUUGGAAAAUGGUCAAAAGCGGAUGUAAAAGAUGCAUUAGAGGCUUUGGAAGAAAAGGGUCUGACCAGAGCUAUGUCGGAAGGUCUAUACAUACGACAACAUAGUAUUGACACACAGGUAGUGAAACAGAUGCCCACGCUAAGUUCGUCGCGUCAGCCAAGCAUCGCCAUCAUCACUGCAUUGUACUGCGAGAAGCAAGCCGUUGAUGCAAUGAUGGAUAACCAAGAGACAUAUGUCCGUUAUACUACUGUUGGCGAGUCCAAUGUUUAUACCCUGGGUACGAUCGGCAUGCACCGCGUGGUAACCACAAAGCUGCCAUCAGUUGGCCGAACCAGGGAAGCUAUGACCGCGGCUGGUAACACCACGACAAGAUUACUCGGGAUAUUCCAGAAGGUAGAAUAUGUAUUCCUGGUAGGCGUGGGCGGCGGCGUGCCGCACUACACGGACUACUCGCGCCACGUGCGCCUCGGUGACGUCGUCGUCUCCACGCCGGCGACAGAUUUGAAUGAGAAGUAUGUCUACAUAUUCUGCGAGAAGGCUGAACGUAAUGACAAAGGCGGGUGGGACUACGAAGUGAAACCGUACAAGCCUGCUAACUUCUUAUUACAAGACAUCGCGCUGCGACUCUUGAAGACUGAAGAUUCUUGGAGCUUGUAUGUUAACGAAGGUAAGCUACAUAAAAUGUAUAUCGGACUAUCGCGACGGUACCCGCGGCAAGGAGUGGCAGGCGCACCGCCGCCGUCAUGA